CUUCCGGUGAUGUGAAGACUACUUCCGCGAAGUCUCAAGGAGAUUUCUAUCAGAAUCGUUUCAAACAUGCGAGGAAAACAACGAAGUCCGGGAGAAAUAUGUGCCGAUUGUGCUAUGACAGAUCCAGGAUGGGCCUCCCUGAACCGAGGUGUCCUGAUCUGUGACGAGUGCUGCAGUGUUCACAGGAGUCUUGGAAGGCACAUAUCUCAGAUCAGAGCCCUCACUCAUGGACCUUGGCCACGCAGCCUCUAUGAGAUGGUGCAUGCUCUUGUUAGCAAUGGAGCCAACUCUAUCUGGGAGCAUUCACUUCUGGAUCCAUCGCAAGUCAGGAGUGGCAAAAGGAAACCUAACCCCAAGGACUCUGUCCACCCAUUCAAGUCUGACUUCAUCCGAGCCAAGUAUCAAAGGUUAGACUUUGUCCACAGACUCAAGGAUGGUGACGAGGCCACAGUCAAGGAUCUUAGCAGACAACUCCAUUCCAGUGUCAGGACAGGCAACCUGGAGACUUGUCUGAGGCUACUCUCCCUCGGUGGACUCGCAAACUUCUACCAUGCAGAGAGAUGUAACACCCCCCUUCAUGUUGCUGCUAAGGAGGGUCAGAUGUUACAAUGCGAGCUACUGAUAGUCUACGGUGCAGACCCUGGGGCGCUAGAUAGUGAUGGGCAGACGCCGGCUGAUCUUGCCAAGGAUGAAGGUCAUUUGGAGGUCGCAGAGAGACUGGUUCAAUGCCAAUAUGAACUCACCGACAGACUCACAUUCUUUGUGUGUGGAAAAAGACCAGAUCACUCAUCUAGCACUCAUUUCUUGAUCCCUGAGAUGGCCGAUGGUUCGUUGGACAGAUCGGAUGCCGCAGACCAGGCCAGGAAAAAGCUCCAAAGUUUGAGUAAUCAUUUAUUUGAGGAGCUGGCCAUGGAUGUCUACGAUGAAGUGGACAGAAGAGAACUAGAUUCUCUGUGGGUAUCAUUGAACAAACCUAGUCUGGUUGGAGGUGAUAGCUCCAUGCCCUUUCUACCACUCAAUCCGGAACUCUCUGCUACAAGGAAUCAGGGAAGACAAAAGCUAGCCAGGUUCAGCGCCAGAGAGUUUGCUACUCUCAUCAUCGACAUCUUGAAGGAGGCCAAGAGGAGACAGCAGGGGAACCUGACCCUGUCAAGGCAUGGAGAUCAAGUUGAGAUUGUUCGAGAACCGCCACCAGUCCCUCCGGCGCCCGAGAAGUCCCCCACAUCGCCCAGCAACAUCGCAUCCUACGACGAGGACAAUGAGCCCCUGUACGACAGCGUCUGCUCCGACGAUGACUACGGCGAGGUGGCCGAGAAUGCCAACUUGAAGAACGGAGGCAACGUGAACCUGAGAAACCGCUCAAAUCAGAACUCAACGAGUGCUGCAUCAUCGGAGCUGUCUGAUGGCCAGGUCUCGAUGGAAGAGUUCCUGGAAGUGAAGAAGAAGUUGUCAACGUCCGACAGUAGGGUUGAACAUCUUCUUAAUAUGAACAAACAACUCAACCAAGAAGUUCACAUGUUACAGUCCAUGGUUGAUAAGCUGAAAGAAGAGAAUGCCAAGCUGUUGGUCCUACAGAGGGGUAAAGACGUCCCCAAGAUGGUCAAGACAAGGGACCUUGAAUCGCUGACCCAAGCACCCAAGCCAAGCCCCAAGCCAGCCCGCCCAGGUAACCGACCCAACUCCAUGUUCGAGCAGAGGGCAAGCCAGAAGCCUGCUCCCAGAUGGAAGCCCGGCGCUUCAAAUCCCAACGCUCCCCCCGCCGCAGCUGCCCCGCCCGCCAGUGGUGGUGGUGGUGGUGGUGGUAGUGAGAAGGCGGAGUCGAAGGAUACAGGGAAAGAUGUAAAGAGUCCGUUACCGAUCAUCGGGUUGCCAACUAUCCCAGAUGAUCAACCCAAUGAGGAGGCAGCAGAGAAGGAGAAGUCAGAGAGGCCACUGAGUGAAACAGGCAGUGAAUAUGAUAAUGCCUUACCAACAAAGACAGAAGAUGAAAAAAGCACACCGAAACCAGCCUCGCCUGCAUCACUACCCCUCCCCUCCCCGUCCCCCAAGUCCCCUGCCACCGUCAGCACACCCCCUCCCCAGUCCUCCUCCUCCCCGGAGCCAGAGGGAGAGACGGAGGACGGGGCGGAGACAAAGAAACCAGCCCCCACCCAAGAGUCUGUCGUCGGGACGACGGAGAAGAUCACGAGGAGGAUUCAGACUUUGCUGCAGGCAGCUCAGGAGGGAAAGCUUGAUAGAUUUGUAUCCUGUUCUGAUAAUAUCUAUGCCACAGUGACAGACAUGGUUGAACUAUUUCCAGAGAAACCCAAAUCAGAAGAAGUGCGAGUGCCCCUGCGUCUUCUCGUCUCCAGCGCCAGCCGGCUUAGGGUAGAAUGCCAGAGCGCCGUCCCAGCUGACCCUUCCAUAACCCCUGACCUCAAACACCUGACCAAUCAGAUCAUCGCCUGUGCGUACGACAUUGCCAAGGCUGCCAAACAACUCGUCACCAGUUUCCAAUGAAGUUCCCUUAACGCGAUAGCAACUUCUUUAGAAAAAAGAAAAUCAACUUUAAAAGUUAAUUUCAGUAACCUUGUGCGAACACGACAAUAAAUCCGAACAUGAUUUCUAUGCGACAUACAAUAGGGUGAAAUUUCUCUCGAGUUAAUUUGUCAAAAUAACCGUGAUCAUGUUGCUUUUACUUCAUUUUAUUUGAUAUAUGAAAUAUGAUGAAUUUAAGCUCCAACCAGAUACUCAUAAUGUAAGUGUCAUGAUAGGUGCGUCUUGUGCUUGGAAUGUCAUAUAUCUCAUGAAAUGCUGUUAUCACCAUAUUUUAGUGUUUUUGUGCUGUUCAUAGUAUGGGAAUUCUUAAUUGAUUACAUCGUUAAAGAAUUAAAUUUCAUAGGUCCAUUGGCUAUACAAAUUUACAGCGAAUAGACAUGGGCUUUCUAGCAACCUUUUUUGUAACCUGGGAUCUCCCGAUUACCUAUGCUCUACUACUUCUGAGCCAUCAUGCAUUCAUCCCAAUGCAAGUAUAACCAUCCUUUCUUGAUGAAAAAAAAAUGCCAAGAGCAAAUGUCGCAGGAGCAAACGUCGGACCACCCAGUUGUGAUGUCUUCCAUUUGUCUAGUACGUUCUGAUAUAAGAAUGUUUUGCUGGUUAUUUGAAAUGAAAAGUUUAAAAACUUGUAUAUAAAGAAAGCAAUUUUAUUUUCCUCUACCUAUCUCCGACAUACUGUCCCCUAAGCUGCAUGUACAUUUGCAAGCCUGUUCAAGAUAAAAAAAAGAAAGAAUAUAUUUAGAAGUAGCAUGGAUUCUUGUUAUUGUUAUGUUUUGGGAAUAAUUUACAGCUCAUGUAUCAUGCUAAAAAUUGAAAUGGAGCGACCGUGGAGAAUAUUUUGAGACUCUUUGUAUUUUUUUUUCCUCUGAAAUUGUUCCUUCAUUGUGUGUUGUCUCAAACAUGCUAUAUUAGUACAUGUAGAUGGUGUAAUAUAGUAUUGAUCUGGACUACUUUCAAUCAAGUCAUUACUGUGUAUUUCAUAAGUUUGGGAUAUAAACAUGAAUGUGAUGGUAUCUUAGCCCUAUAACCCAGUUUGUGAUCAUUAUAUACAGCAAUGUCAAAAUGUUGUUUCACAUUUUAUGUGCUCUUACCACUUAACAUUGUACUGCCUAUGAACAUGAGCAAGUGCUGCCAAUGUUUAUUAAGUAUGUGGAAUAUUGAGUGCUCUAAACAUUAUUUGAUACUGUUUGUUAUCUAUUGAUAAUUGACUGUAUGAUUGAUAAGUUUGUUUAUGUGAAUGUCUUCCGUAGAGUGCAUUGGGAGCACCUGUUUAUUUCCAGCACCUUUCACAUUUGAAAAUUUAAGAAUUCAUAACACACACACACACACACAC